AAUCUUUAUAAGUAAUAAUAACACAAGGCAGAGAAACCUCGUACUUGCUGCUGCUAAUCCAACAACCUCCGUGUUCUUCGGAUGACGAAAGACGCAUUAAGGAAGUGCUCACAUUGUGGGCACAAUGGGCAUAACACCAGGACAUGCAAAGGCUGCACCAGCAUUAAGCUUUUUGGGGUUAAAAUCAAUGUUUCUGAUGAAAAUCAUUAUGGUCAUGAUUCUAUCAGGAGGAGCAAGAGUAUGGGGAGCCUGCAACAGGCCCUCAAAUCCUUGGAUCACAACGCCAUCGGUGGCCGCGAUUCUGGUUAUCUUUCCGAUGGCGUUGACCAUUCGAACCGAUGUCGGAAAAAAGGAAGCUCAUGGAGUGAGGAAGAGCACAGGCUAUUCUUGAUUGGGCUGGAAAAGCUUGGGAAGGGAGACUGGAGAGGCAUUUCAAGGACAUAUGUGCCUUCAAGAACCCCAACCCAAGUGGCUAGCCAUGCCCAGAAAUAUUUCAUCAGAAUGUCUUGUUUGGAUAAGAAGAAAAAGAGGACAAGUGUGUUUGAUAUGGCCCUCCAUGAAUUGAACCAACAGAAUGCACCUCCACAGGGGAUUCCAUCUCCAUCUUCUCAUGAACCUCUUCCUGAUAUCCAAAAUCAGGCUAGGAGUGUAUCUCUGCCGUCGAACACAGACGAAUCCAAAGGAAAGAAGGCCAUUGAAACAGCUAAUGAAAGGCAGCAAAUUUCACCGGUUGGCAAACCUUUCAGUGUUGUAAAGAACUCAAUGCAUGAAAGGCCUCCCAUUCCACCACCUCUUGUAGUUCCAAGCUUUAAUGUCAUGCCAUUCGUGAACCUGUCAGCAUCGGCCGGAGUGAUGCCGGCGGUGACCUGGGCGCCGGUGCCGGCUUACCCGAAUCAUCAAGAGUUUCACAAGUAUGGCUAUAUUGCGAGCUUCCAAGGACGCUAUGCUUCUUGUAUGCAGUAUAUGACGACCGGCCCUCAAUCUUCUGUUCUGAUGUCUCCUCCCGUUCCUUCUCCGGUUGGUGGUCCUCCGCCGGCUACGGCGUCAAAUAAAGAAGGCCUGCACCUUCCUCUCGGAGCACUUAGUCUGUGAUCAAUCAGCACCGGGAGCAAAUGAUGAGCAAUUGGGAUUUUUCCUUACCGUCCCAAACAUUUUUGAUCGAUAUAUAUGAGUUUAUAAUUCAGCACUUUUUCUUUGAAAUUCUUUGUUACUUGUACCCUUCUUAUGAUUUGUUACUUGUACCUUUAGAAACAAAAAGUUCAUUGAUAAAAUACAGAUGUCAAAAGAAUAAGAUAUUCUUCAAUGUUGUACUUCCC